AUGGGUUGUUUGGGGAACAGUAAGACAGAGGACCAGCGGAUCGACGAGAAGGCACAGCGAGAAGCUAAUAAAAAGAUAGAAAAACAGCUGCAGAAGGAGCGACAGGCGUACAAAGCGACACACAGGCUGUUGUUGCUCGGUGCUGGAGAGUCCGGAAAGAGCACCAUCGUGAAACAAAUGAGAAUCCUUCACGUCAAUGGCUUCAACGCAGACUCCACCCUCACCAGCGAGACGAGCGCCCGAACUCGCCUACUGUUACACGCGCCCGCUGCGCGCGGCCGCGCACGAACGAAGACCCGCACCCGCUACUCCGCUCUCCCGUCUACGUCUCAACGCGCGCACCGGCCAAGCUCCGCUAGCCGUCGGCCCGCCCUCACACCUGCUCGCAGAGGCCGCCCUCAAGCGCACUCGACUCGCUCGCAGCCGCCCCUCCCACAACUUCUUCGCUCGCUCUGCUCUGCCCCAUACUCUCUUCUCUCUCUCUCGUCUCCCAUUGCGCGUCGCUUCUCGUUCGCACGGUACCACCCUCCGUCGCGCUCUCUCAUGGCUGUUCGCCCCUCAUCGCUCAGCGCGCCCCGCACAACAUCCCGCCCUCUCUCUGCGCCCAUCUCUCUCUCUGCCGCCUCCCUUGCAAGCGCGCAGUCUCCCCGACGCUCUCUCGCGUCGGUUCGCGUCGCCUCGCCCCCGUACGUGCUCGCGCUCUCGCUCGAGCUCUCCCCGCUCUGUCGUCGCUUUACGCUCUCGCGCGCCCGCCCCCCCGCGCAGUCGCUCGCUCUCUCGGACCCCUUACGGCUGCUGCGCGCCUCUUCUCCCAGUGCGCGUCUCGCGUGCUCAUUCUGCCCCCGUUACAGACGCUGCUCGGCGCGACCCUCGUCGCUCGCUCUCGCGGCGAGCUCGUCACGCGCUCCACCGCGCGCGCGCGCUACUGCGCUCGACGCUGCCCAUAAGUAG